AUGUCGGACAUUGAAGACGAAAUGGACAUUGAUGCGCCCGUCGCAGACACCUCGAUCAGCUUUGGUGGAGACUCGAAGAAGGGCAAGAGAAGUGCAGCUAAUCUGCCUGUGGAAGCAGAAGACUCGUUGCCAUGGGUGGAAAAGUAUCGACCAACAUCUCUCGCAGAGGUUGAAGGACACCAAGACAUCAUUGCGACUAUCAACAAAUUCGUCGACUCGAACCGACUCCCACAUUUACUCCUCUAUGGCCCACCAGGAACUGGCAAGACAUCGACUGUACUUGCCCUGGCACGACGGAUAUACGGCAACAAGAACAUGAGACAGAUGGUCUUGGAGCUGAAUGCAUCCGACGACAGAGGCAUCGACGUUGUACGAGAGCAGAUCAAGACCUUCAGUAGUACAAAGCAGAUCUUCUCGGCUGCUCCGAAAGCAGGCGAUGCGUCGCUUGCCACGUUCAAGCUCAUUAUUCUGGACGAGGCCGAUGCCAUGACCUCAACAGCGCAAAUGGCCCUUCGACGUAUCAUGGAGAAGUACACGGCCAACACCCGAUUCUGCAUCAUCGCAAACUACACACAUAAGCUUUCGCCGGCGCUGCUCUCCCGAUGCACCCGUUUCCGCUUCUCGCCACUGAAAGAGCGUGACAUCAGAAAUUUAGUGGACAAGGUCGUUGAAGAGGAGACCGUCAACAUCACCCAGGAUGCUACAGAGUCGCUAGUUACACUCAGCAAGGGAGACAUGAGGCGAGCACUCAAUGUUCUGCAAGCUUGUCACGCUUCUAGCACACCUUUGCAGCCACCUGGCAAGCCAGCAGUGGACCCCAGCACCAUCGUACGAGACCAGAUAACACAGACCACGAUCUACGACUGCAUCGCCGCACCGCACCCCUCGGAUAUCAAGUUCAUCAUCGACACUCUGCUCUCGACGAACGAUAUGACCCAGUGUUUGCGCACAGUCAAUAACCUGAAAACACUGAAAGGGUUGGCGCUUGCCGAUAUUCUUACUGCGGUCAGUGAGGAGCUUGUCGAGAACGAGGUUCCACCACAAGUUAUGGUGACAUGGAUGUCAGGCUUAGCGGACAUCGAAUACAGGCUCAGUGGAGGGGGUAGCGAGGCAAUACAGACCGGCGCUGCUGUCGGAGUUAUCCGCACUGGUGUGGAGCUGAUGGGGAAUGGGAAGAAGUGA